GCUGAAUACUUGGCUAGCGGUCGGUUUCGAAGAAAAAGCGGUAGGUGCUCUGGUGCUGCGCUAGGAUUACUAGCUACCCAUAUAACCCGUCCUUCCCUCUUGUCUUGUAACAGAGAUGGACCCUUCCAGCAACCAGCAGGCGGCCCCGGCAAUCAAACACAUGAUGACCGUCCCCGAGAAGAUUGAACUCACGUCCACCGGGGCGUACCCCUCGCCUCCUCGCGCGGCCGGUGGCCAGAGAGCCGGAGACUUCCGAGCCAUGCGGAUCCCCGACAAGAUCAUGUUGGAGACUGCAGGGAGGGGAGAUGAGGGGGAGGGAGGGGGCGUGUCUGGUGCCUACUUCCAGCAGCCACGCGAGCCACCACUGGAGGUUCCUACCCCGAGACCUGAACCAUUUGCCACCAGUACAGUGAGCGUGGCUGAGCUGCAGGGUCUGGAGCGGAGACUGGGAAGUCUGGAGAGCCAGGUGAAGGGACUCCGGCGAGCAGUGCUGCAGCAGGCAGGGGGAGGGGGAGGGGGAGGGAGGAGGAGUGAGGGGUCGAGGGUAUGGUAUGCGCUCACUUUUGCCGGCUGGCUUAUGGUACCUCUUGUCGUUGUGUUCAUGUUCCACUAUCGCAAGACAGCUUAGUGCAGUCGUGUGCUCACUUCCACCAUCCUCUGUGAUUCAUUUGUAUCACCACAUUGUGUUAGUAUAAUUGUAUAUACACUGUCGUUAAGUGAAGAUAGUAACUAUGCCAGUAAAAUACAUUAUUGAAAAUGUUUAUAAUUAUGAUGUGUAGAA